AGAAAAUAAUCCCCUAGCCUUCUGACUCAGUUUAUGACACAAGUUAAGUCUGUGCAGUUCUGCUGUGUUUAAAUCCUCUAUUAGUGUGACAAAGUGCUUUUAUAUCUUGCUUUUUGGACUUACCGGUCACAGUUAGGGAAAAUCAAGGAAAUUAAACUGAAAUAGGCUAUGAACAGUUAUAGGUUUUCACCAAAUGCGCACAUCCUAUGUUAUAAAACACACAUUUUGCUGCUAGAAAACCGCCCACUGGGCGUGCAAAGGCAAAACCGUCAGCAUGAAGACCCAAGGUGGGACGCAGGGAGAGUCAGACUGACAGGUGGUCAAGAGGCUGACGUGAGUCGAGGACAUGCGUAGCAGCUGGUCACCUUUGGUUGUAGUUUUGGGUCGUAACGACUUAAUGAAGUAAAAGUGACGUUUUAUGUGACAUCGAUCUUCUGUGAGUUGCCUGGCAUGAUGAAGAAGAGCAGCAGAGCAAAAGCAACAAGACAUUCUCAGAAAACCAGGCAGGUGGAGCAAUGAAGGGAGAGCCAUCAUGCAGCAGCAGGUCAUGGCCAAAUCCCGGCGACAAGCUUUACAGAGAGCUGGUUACCUGUGUCAUGCUCAGUCCUCUUCCUGCCUUUCCAUGACAGAGGAACUUUUCUUAUAUGCUGCAGAAUAUGGCAACAUUCCUCAAGUGAAGCGGAUGCUGGAGGAGCUGCCAGACCUCAAUGUCAACUGUGUGAACUACAUGGGCCAGAAUGCAUUGCAGCUGUCAGUUGCCAAUGAACAUUUAGAGGUCACUAAGCUACUUCUUAGGAAGAAAGACCUCGCUAGAAUAGGAGAUGCUUUGCUGUUAGCCAUCAGUAAAGGCUACAUCCAUAUAGUGGAGGCCAUACUGAGUCACGAGGCCUUUGCAGAUGGUAAGAGGCUGACUAACAGUCCUAGCCAGGUGGAGACACAUGAUGACUUCUUUGCUUAUGAUGAGGAUGGCACACGUUUCUCUCGUGACAUCACACCCAUCAUCCUGGCUUCCCAGUGCCAUGAAUAUGAAAUCGUGCAUAUCCUUCUUAUGAAGGGGGCCUAUAUAGAGCGGCCUCAUGACUACUUCUGCCAGUGCAAGAUCUGCACCCAACAGCAGAGGAAUGACUUAUUUAGCCAUUCACUGUCCCGCAUCAAUGCAUAUAAAGGUCUGGCCAGUCCAGCAUAUCUGUCACUAUCCAAUGAAGACCCUGUGAUGGCAGCACUGGAGCUGGGCAAUGAGCUUGCAGUUCUGGCCAACAUUGAGAAGGAGUUCAAGAAUGAUUACAAGAAACUGUCCAUGCAGUGUAAAGACUUUGUGGUGGGACUCCUAGAUUUGUGUCGAAACACAGAGGAAGUGAAGGCUAUCUUAAAUGGGGACGCUGAAUCAUGUCAAAUUUCUGAAACCUUUGGCAGACAAAACCUUCUCAGGUUAAAACUUGCAAUGAAGUAUGAAGUUAAAAAGUUUGUGGCACAUCCAAACUGCCAACAGCAACUUCUGUCCAUCUGGUAUGAGAACUUGUCUGGAGUACGUCAGCAAACCACAGCCGUUAAAAUCCUUCUUGUCCUUGGUGUAGCUGUUGGGAUGCCUGUCCUGGCCUUUAUGUGCUGGAUAGCACCAUCAAGUAAGUUAGGGAAACUUAUGUGUGGACCUUUCCUGAAGUUUGUGGCCCAUGCAGCUUCCUUUAUGAUAUUCCUUUGCCUACUGGUCCUAAACGCGGCAGACCGAUUUGAUGGAACAUCGCUGCUGCCUAACAUGACCACCCAUGAUCACCCCUCACAACUGUUUCGUAUGAAGACCACCCGCUUCACCUGGAUGGAGAUUCUAAUCAUAUCCUGGGUCAUAGGGAAGAUCUGGGAAGAAUGUAAAGAUAUUUGGUCGCAAGACAUCCGGGAAUACAUUUCAGAACCCUGGAACCUUCUUGACUUUAGUAUUUUGUCCAUUUUUAUGACCUCUUUCGUUGCCAGAUUAAUGGCUUUCUGGCAUGCAUAUUCUGCACAAUGUUAUGUUGACAAGCACUAUACUGACCUGUCCAACGUGACUUUGCCCUCUGAGAUACAGUAUUUCCAGUUGGCUCGAAUCAACUGGGUGUCCUCAGAUCCGCAGCUUAUUUCUGAAGGCCUCUAUGCAAUUGCAGUUGUGCUGAGUUUCUCUCGCAUUGCAUACAUCCUGCCUGCCAAUGAGAGCUUUGGGCCUUUGCAGAUCUCACUGGGAAGAACAGUAAAAGACAUCUUUAAGUUCAUGGUGAUUUUCAUAACAGUUUUUGUGGCUUUCAUGGUGGGAAUGUUCACUCUGUACUCAUACUACCUCGGAGCCAAGCACAACGAUGCCUUUACAACGCUCGAAGAGAGUUUUAAAACCUUAUUUUGGGCCAUUUUUGGCUUGUCAGAGGUGAAAUCAGUGGUCAUUAACAUUGACCAUAAGUUCAUUGAGAAUAUUGGCUAUGUUCUGUACGGGGUGUACAACAUCAUCAUGGUGAUUGUCUUGCUGAAUAUGCUCAUUGCCAUGUUCAACAGCUCCUUCCAAGAAAUUGAGGACGAUGCUGAUGUUGAGUGGAAGUUUGCCAGAACUAAGCUCUGGUUCUCGUACUUUGAGCAUGGUGGCACACUGCCUGUACCCUUCAACCUCGUACCCAGCCCCAUGUCUGUUGUUUCCCUUUGGCUGGGGAUAAGGGAAUAUUUCUGGGAUGUACCUCAAGGCAAAAGUAAAGAAAAUUCAAAAGAUGAGAUGGAGCUUAACAAGCUGAGGCAACAGGAAAAUCUGAGUGCAGAAGCAUCCCUUUGUCCAACACAUCAUCAAAAGACAAUGAAUCACCUCAUCAAAAGAUACAUCUUAAAAGCACAAAGAGAUAAAGACAAUGACGAAGUAAAGGAGGGUGAACUGAAAGAGAUCAAACAGGACAUCUCCAGUCUCCGCUAUGAGCUGCUGGAGAGGGGAAACCAUGACAUGGACACACUGGCAAAGCUCAUCGGGCAACUGGGAGAAGUCAUGCAUGUCCAGCAGAAAUAAGAGCAGAAGAACGAGCACACUACUUUCUUCCAUCCAUCCAUCGUCAACCGCUUAUCCUGUGUACAGGGUCGUGGGGGGCUGGAGCCUAUCCCAGCUGACAUUGGGCGAAAGGGCGAAACAGACAACCACUCACACUUACAUUCACACCCAAGGGCAAUCUAGAGACACCAAUCAACCUAGCCUGCAUGAACCCACGCAGACACGGGGAGAACAUGCAAACUCCACACAGAAAGGCCGGGGCAACCGGGGUUUGAACCCACGACCUUCUUGCUGGGAGCCACCGCCACUACUUUCUUAACAAAUUAAAAUAUUAGGGAUGUAUUUACUUGACACACUGCACUCUUGAAUAUUUUUUAAAAUAUUUGAUUUCUUCCUUUAGUGGAAAUAUAUCACUUUGGGAGGGAACAAAUUUUGUCCCUGUAUGAAUACAGUUUAUCACAUGGUAGCACUAAUGGAACUUUUGUCCUGUUGCACAGGCUCUGUUACACUAAUAUGCACUACUGACAGCUAACAUAUGAUGGUACUGCCUGUUACCAGCUGUUUAUACGGUUUGAUGUAGAGGUGAUUUGAAGUAGAAAAGCAUUAAAAAAGAAGCAUUUGUUGUGCAGUGGCAGGUUCAUAGGUCAGAUAUAACAUAAAAUAUAAAUUAAAGC